UACAUGCUCUUCUAUGGUUCUGUCAUUUCCAAAAUGGAAAAGCAACUGUUCACUCUCUGGCUGGCUUUGUCUUCACAAAUUCUAUUAACAGAUGCUGUUAUCCAUCAGAAUGCCAUUGAAAUCUACAGCUUGCACAUUGACUGCAAAGUUAUGUCACGAUAUGCCCACACAGUCAUCACCAGCAGAAUUGUCAACAGGGCAAAUGAAUCCAAGGAGGCUCUUUUUGAUGUGGAGCUACCCAAGAAAGCCUUCAUCACAAACUUCAGCAUGACCAUAGAUGGAGAAACAUAUCCUGGAAUAAUCAGGGAGAAAAAGGCCGCUCAAGCUCAGUAUGAUUCCGCCAUUUCACGAGGUCAAAGUGCUGGGUUGGUCAAAUCAACUGGAAGAAAAUUAGAAAAGUUUAGUGUUUCAGUUAAUGUUGCAGCAGCAGGUAAAGUUAACUUUGAAUUGAAUUAUGAGCAAUUACUUGAUCGAAAGCUAGGGAAUUAUGAACUGAUCAUCAAAGUCAAGCCCAAACAACUGGUGAAAGACUUUCAGAUUGAUACUCACAUCUUUGAGCCACAAGGCAUAUCCUUCUUGGCAAUAGAAGGCAGCUUCUUGAACAAUGAAAUAAGUGAUGCUCUUGUAAAGACACAGGAGGAAACCAAGGCUCAUAUUUUAUUUAAACCAACCUUAAGUCAACAAAGGAAAAACCCUGAAUCUGAACAGACUCUUCUAGAUGGAGAUUUCAUCAUACGUUAUGAUGUUAAAAGGAAUGUUGACGUAGGUGACAUACAGAUCGUGAAUGGUUAUUUUGUCCAUUAUUUUGCACCCAGUGAUAUGCCAGUAUUUCCCAAAAAUAUCAUCUUUGUUAUAGAUAAAAGUGGAUCUAUGAGUGGCAAUAAAAUUCGCCAGACUAAAGAAGCCUUGGAAAAGAUUUUGGAAGAUCUUAAUCCCAAAGACCAUUUUAAUUUAAUUGUCUUCAGUAGAGGAACUUCAAAGUGGAAGCCCACUUUGGUGCAAGCCAGCAAGGAGAAUGUGGAAUCAGCUAAACAGUAUGUUAAAACCAUUGAUGCGCAAGGAGGAACAAAUAUUAAUGAGGCUCUUUUGACAGCCAUUGAUUCUCUGGAUAAAGCCACCUAUGGGGAGUUAUUGCCAGAAAGAAGCAUUUCAACGAUCAUUUUGCUGACUGAUGGUCAACCCACUUCUGGUGAAACAAACCCUAAGAAAAUACAGAAAAACAUAAAUAACGCCAAUGAAGAGAAGUAUUUCCUCUACUGCCUUGGCUUUGGAUUUGAUGUAAGCUAUAGUUUUCUGGAAAAGUUGGCCUUAGAUAAUUCGGGAGUUGCUCGACGUAUAUAUGAGGACUCAGAUGCAGCCCUUCAGCUCCAGGACUUUUAUAGUGAAGUGGCUAUUCCCAUCCUGAAGGAGAUUAAUAUAAAUUAUCUUGGCAAUGCUGUAGAGGACGUCACUGAAAAUAACUUUAAGUUGCUCUAUGAGGGUUCUGAAAUUGUAGUGGCUGGAAAACUUGACAAUGAAAUUGAUAUAUUUUCCUUGGAAAUAAAAGCUCAGGGGCAUGGAAGCAAUUUGACCCUGAAAGAAGAUGCUAAUGUCACAGAGAAAGCACAAGUUUUUGAACACCAGGAAUACAUAUUUGGAAAUUUCAUUGAAAAAUUAUGGGCUUAUUUAACCAUUCAACAGCUAUUAGAAAAGUCCAUUUUGGCAGAAAAAGCAGAGCAAAAAACCCUGGAAAACCAAGCAUUAAACCUCUCCCUGAAGUACAGCUUUGUAACACCCAUGACUUCCAUGGUGGUCACUAAGCCAGAAGCUGAAGAGGUGGCUAACAAGCCAACAGAAGAAGAUAAUGAGGAUUUCCAGGGAAAUUUUCGAGGACAUGCUGGAAGUUCAUAUGCGCUUCCACAUUCAUUCCCCGUUUCUUUCGUAGUUGCGUCAAGGAUGCAAGCUCAUUUUCCUGAUACAUCUGUGAGGAUCCAAAAGGUUCUCCCAGGUCCACCAAGGCUGAUUGAUACCAGUAUCCAGUAUGAUUAUGUUGAUGUAGCUCUGACGCGUUCAGCUGCUAACCCAGGUCGUCCUAUCUCAAAACCAACAGGGAUCUUUUUAACGAAGGAGACACAGAAGUCAAGAAAGCCAAAUAAAGUACAUUUCAACACAAAGUCAGGAACUCAUGAUCUUCCUACGACUUCUUAUCACCAUUUCCUUUUCCAACCACAUAAUAAAAAUUUUUUAGUUUGUAUAUCUAUUAACGGACAGCCACAAACACCCUUAAAUCUGUUAUCUGAUCCAGAGAAAGGGAUCGAAGUGACUGGCAAGCUUGGUGAAAACAACCACUUUACAGAGUUUGAAAUAACUUAUCCAAAGCUUAACCUGGAAAUAAAGGUGUCAACAGAAAAAAUUACAUUGAAAAGUAAUGACUCCAGUCACUCUUUUGUGUGGACUGACAGAGAAUCUUUAACAAAUGAAGGGCUAAACAUUACACUGACAAGUGGAGAAAGUCUCUUUCUAUCAGGACCAGACAACAUUGUAACCAAAAUUUUCUAUGUACCUCCUCCACUUGGUUGGCUUGGAUUAUACUUUGAGAAUAGCGAUUCUUUUUCUAAUCAAGUUACUGGACUUUUCGGUCAGUUUUUCUCUAAUACAAAUUUCCAAAGAUCUUCUGGUCAAGUAAAACUCCUUUAUGUACAUGGACAGCCCAAUGUAGCCAUCAGGACACGUGAGAAGGACUAUAGAACUGGAUCUAGUCAAACUGAAGUUACCUGCUGGAAACUGAAUAUAAAUACUUAAAGAGCACACUUAACAGCCAAAGAUUAUUACUGCUUAAUGUCCAUGAUUUUAUUAAAUAGCAUAAAAUCA